CAGCAAUAUAAAUCAAUAAAGAAAAAAUAGAGAUUAAUAAAUUGCAAAUAAUCAUAAAAAUUCUUAAUAAAACUGAGCCAAAAACAAAUAGUAAAACAAAUGAGAACUUCUACUUGUGAAAACACUGAACCUCAAGGAACUUAGACAGGUCUUUAUCAAUCACAAUAGCAGCUAAGCGAAGUGUUUGCUUAGAAUUUAGCUUUACCAGUCCUCUAGUAACUUUAAUUAGCUUAUGAUAGCACCUCUUAACAGAGUUACUCAUCUUAGUUUUAAGCUUCUACCGAAAAUUAUCUUAAUUAAUUUAAUCUACUUCUUCUAUCCAACUAAAUCUCUCCUUUUUAAAAUGACUUAAUAAUUAACUAGCUACAAUAGCAGACUCUCUCUAAUUUAAACUCAUCAAACACUUAAAAUAGAGAAACCUAAAGUGUUUAAAAAUGCUAGCUGAUUUAAAAACAAGAAAAAACAAAAGAUGUUGAUGACUCUUUUUUAAGUAAUUAUGUAGAAUAAUAAGUCAAAAAUUCUUUUUCACAUAAACAAGAUAAUACUCAAUUUUUUGCAAAUAGCGAUUAAAAUGACACUUCUGUUGAGUAAAGUGAGUCGAAUAAAGAAGUUGAUCGCUUCACCUUAGACACAGGAAAGAAAGAUAAUACUUAUUAAAACCUUAAAAUCAAUAAUAAUGACUCUUUUGUCAAUUAAAAAUAAUAAGAAGAAGGGAAUUAAGUAACCCGUCAACAAUUACUUAUAGGUUUGAUGGGCUUAGAGUAGCAACUAAAAAAACUUUAGUAAUAAUCCUAGUAAAGAAAUUCUGCUAAUUGUGGUAGCUCUACUGCUUCCAAUUAGCGCUACGAGGACGAAGAGAAUCUGUCUCCUGUUUUUAAUAAAGACAAAAAUAAAUUUUCCUUAUUUGAUGCUGACCCAACCCCUGUUAAUCGCAAAAGAUCUGGCAGAAUAGAUACUAAGCUACCAUUGACUCAAUUAUGUAGAUAGCAAUCUACUAAUAAUACCUAAUCAGGUAUCUGCUCAAGUUCUGACGUUUUGACUCCUUGUAAAAAUGUUAAUAUUGUAAAUUAAGGAGGUAGUAUAUUUGAUAGCAGUGCAAAUACAAAGAUUAUAAAGAAUAAUUUGUCUUCCUUUGGUAAUAGCAUGAGCUUAUACAAUUACUAAAGUCAGUUCACAGACAUUAAUGAGUUUUGUUUAGAAGACGAUGAAGAUAAUCCUAAGAUUGAAACAUCAACUAUGAGUGAAGCCAAGUCCAGAGAUUUCAACAAAAUAAAAGAAAUAGUUUAUUUUAUAGUUGAUAAUUUAGAUAAAAAUUAAGAAGAGCUUGCAGCAAAAAGAAGUUUUAUACAAUAAGAUGAACAUUUCUCAGACAACAAAUCUGCAUAUUUGAUCAUAUUUGAUUAACUAGUAAAAAAAUUUAAGCACCUUAAAAAAACAAAAGAAGAAAAAACAAAAUUCUGUAUGAGAAAGGCAUUUAGAUAUCUCUUUGCCUAACUCAAAACAAAUUGCAACUCUAAGAUGAACCUUAAAGAAGCCAAUGAAAUUUGCAUGAAGCACUAUUUCUCUUAGCAUGUUAAUGAUUCUCAAUUUGUACUUCCCUUCAGACGCAAUUCUUCAAUUAAGACUAUGAAUGCUGCUUUCUUAAAAAAAGUCUUUUCUUCUACAAAGUUUGUUUAAGAUUAUAGAAAUUUUUUGAAUUAUUUUGACAGACUUGCCUUAGAUGAUAAUUCUAAAAAGGUAGAUUAGCUGGCUUACUACAUACUUCCUAUGCUUGAAGAUAAUAAAUUUGAUAAAAUAGAUGGCCUUAGAAGACUACCUUGGACAAUGAAUCUUCUUGACUCAACCAGAAACUUAGCAUUUCAAUUAUUAGAAUUUGAAGAAAACUCUGGAACAAACAACUGCUCAGUUUUUUCAUAGAAUUAAUAGAAUGAAUUCAUAAUCGAAAAUACAUAAUCAUUGAACAAUAAUCCAGUAUUUUUAAAUAACAUAUGCUGCUAAAAUGAAGAUUAUUUAUCCAAUGUUGAUACUCUUUCAAUUUAAACACAGAAUAGAAAGAUAAGUGAGUCUUGCAUCAACAUGGAACUUUUAUCUAGAAAAUAAAGCAUGUGCUCCAGCGACUCAUAGCAAAACAGUUUGAAUAAUAAUGAUAUAGAGUUCAAAUAAGAUGGCUGCUUUUCAGAUCAACACAUGGUUUACCUCAAAUAGAUAAAUACAGCUCUUCAACAAUUUUAAUAGAAUUGGAAAAUAUAGUAGAACCUUAUGUAAAAAUAAAUGAACAAAUAAAUUAAAAGAGAAGUUAUCAUUUUAAGUCCUCCUUUGUAUGACUUAAAUGAAAAUCCAUAUAAAAAGUAAUAAAUAAGUUAUACAAACUGA